UCUCUCUCUAUCUCUGACUGUAAAGAAGGGAAAGAGUUCAAAGAGACUGAAAUCUUCGCUUGAGGACCCACCACACAGCCGUUCGAGGGUCAUGGACAGCUAAAGCGAUUUUAUCAGUGCAGUAUUUCUUUCCUGGGAGAAGAAUACAGGAGAAAAUCCAACCUGAAAUUGACCAAGUCACAGACCCAGAGCUGUGUGUGUGUUGUGUGUGUUGUGUGUGUUGCAAAGAGACCCCUUAGACCCUCUGGAUCUGAGUGAGGACAGACAGCAGCUAACAGUAACUACUGUAAAAUACCUAACCAUACAAAACAAUAACGAUACAACCACAAAAAAAGGAUUGACAAUGUGCUGCAAACCACUUCUGCUCUGCCUGUUGGUGUGGCUGCUGAUAGAAGCAAUGGGAGAUGCCUCAUCUCUACAUUACACAGAGGGGACGUCAAGCAGAUCCAUCGAGAAGAUCCUGGGCAAAUUUGGGAAAGACACUCAAUGCCAUCACAUGUUAAAGCACUUGUACAAUGGAGCCAGGAUCACCGUGCAAAUGCCACCUCAGAUUGAGAGCCACUGGGUUUCCACAGGCUGUGAGGUGAGGCCAGGGCCCGAGUUCGUGACAAGAUCCUACCGGUUUUACACAAACAACACCUUCAAAGCUUAUCAGUUCAACUAUGGAGACAAUCACUGCACCAGGCCCACCUACACCCUCGUGAUCAGAGGGAAGCUCCGUCUGCGUCAGGCGUCCUGGAUCAUCCGAGGAGGAACCGAGGCCGAUUACCACUUACACAAGGUUCAGGUAAUUUGCCACAACAAGGUGACAGUUGAGGAGCUGAGGCUGCGGUUGAACAGGACCUGCCCAGGCUACCCGCUGGGAGGUUGGGAGCCCAACGUCAGCUAUGACCUGUGGAGCGAUGAGACGGGCUGCGAUUGCUUUAGGGCGCUGAACUUUGCCAUGCACGAGCUGCAACUCAUCAGGGUGGAGAAGCAGCACCUGCAUCACAAUCCGGAGCACAUGAUCCAGGAGCUGUUCCUGGGGGACAUCCACACUGAUUGGACCCAGAGAAUGUACUACAGACCCUCCAGCUAUCAGCCCGCACUGCAGAACGCUAAGAAUCACGGACAUUCCUGUAUCACUUGCCGGAUCAUCUACCGAUCGGAUGAGCAUCGGCCCCCGAUUCUGCCCCCGAAGGCAGACCUGACGGUGGGGCUGCAUGGCCAAUGGGCCAGCCAGCGGUGUGAGGUGCGGCCAGAGGUGCUCUUCCUCACCCGGCACUUCAUAUUCCAUGACAACAACAACACCUGGGAAGGGCAUUACUACCACUUCUCUGAUCCUGUCUGCAAGCAUCCAACCUUCACCAUCUACGCCAAAGGACGUUACAGCCGAGGCAUCCCUUCGACCAAAGUGAUGGGUGGAACUGAGUUUGUGUUUAAAGUGAACCACAUGAAAGUGACCCCCAUGGACACAGCCACCGCAUCACUCCUGAAUGUCUUCAAUGGCAAUGCGUGCGGGGCCGAGGGCUCAUGGCACGUGGGAGUGGAGCAGGACGUCACUCACACCAACGGCUGCGUGGCUCUGGGCAUCCGCCUGCCUCACACUGAGUAUGAGCUCUUUAAGAUGGAGCAGGAUGCCAGCGGACGGUACUUGCUCUUCAAUGGACAAAGACCCAGCGACGGAUCCAGUCCAGAUCGGCCUGAGAAGAGAGCCACAUCUUACCAGGCACCUCUAGUCCAAUGUGCUGCAUCUAUCUCAGUGCCAGGCAAGUCGAUGGAUGACAGGAAACAAGCCAAACACAAUGGAUCAGAGAGAAGCCACCACACUUUUGUAUUACUGUUUACUUGUCUGCUUCCUACCCUGGCCAGGCACGUCUAUAGCUAAACUCAAUUCCCAUUUUCCUCUGGUUUCUAUGAUGGAAAAAAACUAAGGGAAAACUCUGUAACUAGGGUCUCUUUCCUCAUCCAGAUAGUUUAUUUACUUGAUGCACUUCAGUGCCUGAAUACUGUUGCUCUUUUUGGAAGACGUUAGUCCGUUUUUUCCACUUUGAGUUCCCUCCAGUCACCUGCAGACACGGAACAAGAAGCAUCUACUGCACAACAGUAACAGCACUUUAUUACUAUGGAAGAUUUUGUCUGGCACGAACCGAAAACUGCUCGCAGUUUGCCAAAUAUAUAUAGCCAAAGUCAUCUGCAGCGCUCUCCUCCGACAGACUCUAUGCUUCAGGGAACUCCCAUGGCAUUUUUUUUAAUAUUGGAAAAUUAAACCAGCAUUUGUAAAUUUGAAAUGAAAAGCUUAGUUGUAUAAUAUGCGGAAACAAACCAGGAGCUAAAGGAGCAAGGAGGUGCUGCCUUCUGUAAGACGUCAAUACAAAUGGAAAAGGAAUCUGCGUUGAAAAGAAGGCAUCCACAAUUCAUUUAUUUUUCCCUCUUUCCUCCAGGAUGCAAUGAAUUAUUGUAUCCCUCUUAUAUACAAGGAAAAAUAUCAUUUCUGCUAUGAAUUUUGCCUGGCACUUGUUUCUCUCAUCAUUUGCGGUUAUUGUCGUUUAAAAUAAUAAAUAAAUAUAGGUGUAGUUUCUACGUUAUUUAUAUACCAACCCACAGAAAAGUUCCUGCUGGGCAAAGCCUUAACCGGUUUGUUCUCAAAACUUUGGCGUUUCUUUCGUAUAUACAUGUGUUCCUUGUGAUUUUUAAAAUCAUACUUUCGAAAAGUGCAUUAAGGUAAUUAUAAUUACCGGGGAAACAUUAUUGUUUAAUGUUGUGGUUUAAACAUUUCUUCAUCCUGACUCAUUGUUUUCUUGUUACUCUCUUUCUUAACCAUUUUCCGCUGAAGUUUAAGACCUCUUCAGAUCAAAUCAGGGUGCUCAGUUGCUUUUGUUUUUGGGGGUCUCUGCUGAUAUCCUGUUUUUUUUAAAAAUGUCCUGUUCUAUACACCAGUAAAGUUAUUAUUU